AUGCACAUAAUUUUGCUUCGUCAUGCCUCUAGAGCGGACAAAGAUGACUCUGAUUGGUUUUCACCGAAAUCUGAUCUUAGAAUUUACAGACCCGAUCAUUGGCUUGCAGCAUACGAUCCCCCCUUAAACCCCUUUCUAGCUCUCAAAGAGGUUGAGUUAGCCUACAAAAAGAUCUCAUCUCACAUUCCAUCCGCAUCAAGAGUAUUUAUGCACUGUUCGCCAUAUAAUCGCUGUGUUCAAACUGCCAGACUUCUAUCAAAGCAUUUUGUACAUACAGAUUCAGGUAUCCAGUCGCAAGCAAAUCCAGCAAUCCAACGGACAUUAAAGCUUAGGAUAGAUCUAGGUUUAUCCGAAUGGCUGAAUGAAAACUUUAGACUGGACUAUCUUCCACCGAAUGAUGGGGGAGCAUCCAUGAUAAGUAAUGUAAACCUUUACUUUGAAAAUGCGGUCAAUUCUUUAUCGCCGUCAGAUGAUGGAAACAGUGAACUGAAAGUGCUCAAAGAUCCUGACUGGCUUCACAACAAAUUUGGAAAAUGUGGAGAUUAUGGAGAACUACCAUCAGAAUUUCAAUUGCGAUGUGCUAAUUAUCUUGGUGAUCUUGUGCAAUUUUAUGAAACUCAUGUCCCUGAAGAGCUUAAAGAAGAGUCAGUUAUACUGAUUAUAACUCAUGGAGCUCUUGUCUCUACGUUUCUGCAGCUUAUUUUGGGGCGUCGAAACUAUAGUGAAAUUCCAGUUUGCACUCCAAUAUAUCUCAAAAAUGGACAGCCGGAAUGUUACCUUUUCAAAGAUUAUGACUUCAACCUGAAAUCAUUUGUUCCUGUUACAAAAGAUCAAGAAAUCUAUUAUCUUCUUAAUACGGAAUUCAAACUGACAGAUUUAAAUAGUAAGGCAACAAUCCAAGAUCAGUCACCAAUAUUUAUAAAAGACAUUUCAAGAUCUGAAUCGCACAGCAGUCAAACUAUUCAUCGACCGAGAAGCAGAACGAUCAAUGCGGUCGGUCCGGGAACUGACUCAAAUAAUAAAAAGGUCGCUCCGCUACGUCAGGUUAGGUCAUCAAGACAGCUUCAUUUGAUGGGCAAUGCCACAAAAGGGAAAAUACUAGACUUGAACAAACUUCAGGGGUUUUUGGGGGUAACCUCCGAUUCAGAUGACGAAUCAGACGUCCAAAUAUGUAGUCAAGACUCUUCUUGUUCUGAAAUCGACGUUUCAAGCUCUGUUUUGCAUUUGCGAGAAGCUAUUAUAGAAAAAAGCUCAAAUACUUCCCAUGACAUUGCUGGAGACAGAAAUUCCGUCUUAAAAAUUAAAAAUUCGGGUUUUCCAAUUUCGCUUCAAGCUGGUUUUGAAAAUUUACAUGGAAAACGCGAGCGUUGGACAGAGGCCUCUUGCAAAGAGAACCGAUCAUCAAGUAAUUACACUACCAUUCUUGAAAGCAAAGAAGAUUCAAUAACUGAAGAGAUGAGCGAAAAUGAUGAUUUUAGUUCUGAAAUAUUGCCGUUCGUACGGCCCAAUAAUAAAAAGUCCAAAGAGGAUAAUCCUGUGCUUAAAAACCCUGACACAUAUCGAAUUGCUGAGAAAUCUAAAGGGUCUUUAAAGAGAAUUCUUUAUGGUUCUCCCACCAAACAGACGCAGCUUGGCGAAGACAACCUGACUUGGCUUGGAAGUAAUAUGAAAAACCAGGUUGCAUGA